CAAAAUAGGAGGGUUUUAAGUGAAGAAAAGGAAAGUGAAAUCGAGUGUUUAAUUUAUUCCGAAUAAACGUUUGGAGGGCAUUGUGGUAAUAUGACUUGAAGCAAGAUUUGUUAUAAAGAAAGCAAGAUGUUUAGUUGCCUUUAAAUUAAGUCCAAGCUUGGUGAUAAGCAUCUGACAAUAGUAGAAAAGCCAGAAGGCAAAUAGUAUUCCAUUCCAAAGCAUAAAUAAAUAAAUAAAUAAAUAGGGUUACAAAGAGAAGGAAAUUAACGAAUGACUACUCCUAAGCAAAUGGAGCAACAAGUUGUAAAGAUGAAGAAUUCAGGGAUCAUAAGCUACAAUGGAAGUCCGAUGAUCGACGAGAGAGAGGAAGAAAUGACAAGAUCAGCAUUAUCUGCAUUUCGCGCAAAAGAAGAAGAGAUUGAAAAGAAGAGAAAAGAAGUUUCUGAUAAAGUUCAAGCUCAAUUAGGCCGCGUUGAGGAAGAAACUAAGCGUUUAGCUGAAAUUCGCGAGAAGCUUGAAUCAUUUGUUGAUCCAGCUGGGAAGGAAGUUACACUUGUGAGGAAGAAGAUUGACUUAGUCAACCGUGAAUUAAAGCCGUUGGGACAGAGCUGCCAGAGAAAGGAAAAGGAAUACAAGGAAGCCCUUGAUGCAUUCAAUGCAAAAAGCAAGGAAAAAGCUCAGCUUCUUACCAAAUUAAUGGAGUUGGUAAGUGAAAGUGAAAAACUGAGGAUGACGAAAUUGGAGGAGCUGAACAAACAUAUAGAAUCCCUGCGCUAAGCCAUGCUAAUACUACUCUUAACCAAGAAUUUCCUGCAUUAAAUUGGAAUUGUCACAUUGGACUUUUAGUUUGUUACAUUUCAUGUUUGUUACUUUUGAAUCUCAUUGGUUUUUUUUUUUUUUUUGACGAGUCAGGUCUAAUUAUCAUGAUGUUUGUAUUUCUAUGAAUUCAGAUGUAAAUUGUGGAGUUGUGACUUUGUAUGACCAUAAUUCAUGGACUGACUUCAUGAAUUUCACUAUAUUGAACUGAUAUUUUUCGAUUC